GCGGCGGCGGCGGCGGCGGCUGAGGCGGCGGCUGAGGCGGCCGAAGCCGCUGCUCCCUGGGCUCCCUCCGCGCCCCUGAGCCCGAGGCCGACACCUCCCACAGCCCCGGGGCCCGGGCUGCGGCGGUAUGAGCGCGGCCGGGCUGCUGGUCCCGGCCCCGGCCGGAGCGCCACCCGCCCCGGAGUACUACCCGGAGGAGGAGGAGGAGUUGGAGAGCGCCGAGGACGACGAGCGGAGCUGCCGCGGCCGCGAGUCCGACGAAGAUACUGAGGAUGCUAGUGAAACUGACCUGGCAAAGCACGAUGAGGAGGAUUAUGUCGAAAUGAAGGAACAGAUGUAUCAGGACAAACUGGCAUCUCUCAAGAGGCAAUUACAGCAACUGCAGGAAGGUACAUUACAGGAAUAUCAGAAAAGAAUGAAAAAACUGGACCAGCAGUAUAAAGAAAGGAUACGAAAUGCAGAACUUUUCCUUCAGCUGGAAACCGAACAGGUGGAGAGGAAUUACAUUAAGGAGAAGAAAGCUGCUGUGAAGGAGUUUGAGGAUAAGAAGGUGGAACUUAAGGAGAAUCUGAUUGCCGAGCUUGAAGAGAAGAAGAAAAUGAUCGAAAAUGAGAAGCUGACCAUGGAGUUGACAGGAGAUUCCAUGGAAGUGAAGCCCAUUAUGACAAGGAAAUUGAGGAGAAGGCCAAAUGAUCCAGUUCCAAUCCCAGACAAGAGGCGGAAACCUGCCCCUGCCCAGCUGAAUUAUUUGUUAACAGACGAGCAAAUCAUGGAGGACCUCAGGACGUUAAAUAAGCUUAAAUCACCCAAGAGGCCAGCAUCUCCCUCUUCUCCAGAGCAUCUCCCUUCUACUCCUGCAGAAUCUCCUGCCCAACGGUUUGAAGCUCGGAUCGAAGAUGGCAAGCUCUACUAUGAUAAAAGAUGGUACCACAAGAGUCAAGCUAUCUAUCUUGAGUCAAAGGAGAACACCAAGAUCAGCUGUGUGAUCAGUUCUGUUGGUGCCAAUGAGAUCUGGGUACGGAAGACCAGUGACAGCACGAAGAUGAGGAUCUACCUGGGACAACUUCAGCGAGGGCUCUUUGUGAUCCGCCGGCGUUCGGCUGCGUGACACCCUCCCCUCCCCCACCGUGGCUUUUCCUCGAGUGGUUUUUGUUUUUUGUUUUAUUUUUUUUUCUUUUUAAGAGAAAUUAAACUUACAGGGAAUAAUAGUGACUCCGCCUUGGAAACGGACAACACUGUGUUAUGGAUCCUGCAACCACUUUUGUGGCUGGCCACAUACUUCUUGGAUUAAUUUUUGGCCCUUCCAUACAACCAACCCCUUAGUCUCUUCCAUACUUCACCUUAAGACUUUUUACAUUGAUAGGAGAGGGAGAGCGAAGGAGAGAGAGCGAGAGUGAGUGAAAGAGUGAGAGAAAAAGAGAAUGAAUGUGAAUGUGGGUUUUGGUUGAUGAAAAAUAUUAUUCAGCAGAUGUCUUUACAUCUUUAUACUCUUGAAAGUGGAGAGCAUAGUUGGGGAGGGGACAUUAUUUGCAUUUUCUUAUAGUUUAAUAUUUUGAAUAUGAUCUGUGCAGGUCAUAUAGCCUUGUCCCAGGUCAAGAGGUAGAUUUGCUAUUUUUCCAGCAGCCUUGGGGCAGAAGUCUGAGCAGAAGGAAAUUGAUUUUCCUGGUUCUCAGCUGCCACUGUGAAAUACUUUCUGUAACAUCUGGCAUAUGCCAAAAAUUCCACUGGAUGAGCAACUGAAAGAUUUGUCCAGGAUUCCAGGUGCCCUGGAAGAAAUGAGGAGAAGAUUAAGAAUUCAUAACAUUGCUGAUGUUACCAUCUUUUGAAUAACAUUCAUUGCAUAUAGUUUAUUCAAGCACCAGUCAUAAAUCCCAAGGCAUUUAUUUGCAAGCUUUUUUUUUUAAUUUGGGGAAAAAAAUCCUUUUGAUUGUGUCUUGUUAGUAUAUUUUUUUUCCCUCUAACCCCAAAUUGAUGAAGAGGGGUACAUACUGCAGUCUUAAGUUAAUUGAGUUGUCCACGAAUAGAAGGUAAAGGAGAUGAAUAGCAAUGACAUAAUCACUGAUAGGUAUACUCCCACAUAAAAUUCAGGAUUAUUUCCCCUUGCUGAUUUCAGUUACAAGCUCAUUGACCAUUCUGGAACAACUAAUGGAAGAGACUUUUUUUUGAAGGUAGUCCUAGAUUCCCAAAGGGCUGGCACAACUGAAAUGGAAUUCUCAUGCCUUGGCUGUUGGUGAACUUGGCACUUGACCAAAUGGAAUCCAGAUGCCACACUGUUCUUUAUGCUCUUCAUCAUUCUUCAUGUCUCCCCUCCAUUUUCUUUCCUCCCCUUCCCCUUUUGAUAACUGGAGAAAUGAUUCAGUAGUUAAUAGUAUUUUCUAUAAUAGUGAUGUCAUUUUGAAAUGUUUUUAGUGACCUUGACAUUAGGACCUCAGAGGCAACUAGCAGCAGGAAUCAUGUGUCCCACUUCACUCAAUCUGUUGUAAAUGGUUUCAUUUAUCCCAGAAGAUUCUUGUUGACCUAUCUCUUGAUAUACCAACAAAAUGACUUUGGAGUUAGAACUAGUGUAAUUGCCUUCAUCAGGGUAUUACUUCAACAGAAACCAAGGAUACUUGAUUUGAAGUGAACAUUUAUAAAGCUUUAUUUUCAAUAUGAUUUUAAGCCCGUUUUCUCUUUAUUUUCCUUUACUUUAAAAAUAGUAUAAAUGAGACUAUUUUUUCAAAAAGUUGUUCAGGUGUUACAAAAAAUGUUUCUCUUUUCCAGUACUGAUUAUGCAGCUAGGUCAGCUUUCAGUCAUGAAUCUCCCUUUGAUUUGUACAUCCAGAAUUGUAGCACAGACUGGUCUCUUGCUACUUUGUGAUUGUCAAGAACUUCUCACACUUGAAUUUUCAGCUUUAGCAAUUCCACUUAGGUCUCAUGGAAAAAUUGGUUUUUCCCCCAAAUAAGUAGCAUACUGCGCAUGACUCAAUUUUUUGGUUCUCAGAGGGUAUGGGCUCUUACUAUGCUAUAUUUAUACAGAAUGGCUAUUGGCAAUUUGAACAAGGAGGCUCCCCCCCCCUCCCCCCAGUUUAUCAACACCAGUAGUAGUAAGCAAAUCUCACCAAGCAAAAGUUUGUUUUUCUUGUAAAGUGUUGUCCAUGACCUCACCCAAUGUCCACUGUAGCAUAGACUUGCCUUUUCUUUUUCUUCCAUCAGGGGGUGUUUCUGUGCUUUUGUAACAUGACCAAUUUAAAAAAAAAAAAGUCAUGCUUUGAGAAGUUGUAUGUGCCCUCUUCAUUCUAUAACUUUGAAAACCACUGAGACCAAUAAUAAUCCACUAUCUCCAUCAUCACUGUCUUAUGCUCCUUGAGCACCAUAAUGUCCCAUAAUAGUUAUUUUAUGACUCUUAAGCUCACCUUGAUCACAAUCUAAUAACUUUAAAGUGGGCUUUUGGAACACAAUGUACUAACUUGUUUCCCCUGCCUUCAGAAAGUUCAACUUAUAUUUAAUUUAAAAGUCUAUGAUUGUUAACUGUGGAAUUUCCUAGUAGUACUUUAUUGCUCUUUCUGGCAGUCUAUAAGAUAUCCAGAUUGAGAUCAUUCUAUGAUUGAGAAAAUAUAUUGAAGGGGAAAGAUGGAUAGCCUUUGAGAUAAAGUAGGAUUAUAAAAGGAGGGGAACUUCCAUUAAGAUCCACUUGCCUUGAUCAAGGUCUAAAACUCCAGAUAGCAAUUGCUGCUGAAAAGAUCUAGUGUUACAGAAUGUCUAACCCCUAGAUCUCUGGGUUAACUCCUAAAUUAAAAUUGUUUCCUUCAGAUAGUUGGCUUUUUUAGCACUUGGCACUUUCAAAAAGGUCAGUCCAAAUAAUUCUGUUUUAUAGUCUCUGUGAGUAUGUAUGUGUGUUUUUGUCAGGCAUACCUGCCUGCAAUAUUGUAAAUAGCUCCCUGCUGCAAGUCUGCUCCUAUUCCUAUUGCACCCCUAGGUUAGGUCCUUUGAAGUGCCAGUGUCUUUUUUGAAAAAUUUUCAGAUAGCUUUUUGUAGCUGUACCAAAGCCAGGAUGUUUUGGGUAGAUUUGUGGCAUUUUUGGUACCUGUGUUUGUGAAAUGUUUACCAAAUAAGUAGCUGUAAUUUUUGGAUUGCCUUAACUGGGAUAAAAAUGAAAUCUCAGUGGCUCAUGUGCAAAUCACGCCAAACAUGCCAUGCAAUGGGCUUCAAUGGGGGUGGGUUAGGGGAGAUGUUUGUGAUUUGAUAUUUGUGAAGUGCUAUUUGGAACCCACAGUAGCAUGUGGUUUUCCAUCUUUGGAGAGUAUUGAAGAAUGAAUGGGGAAGGAGAAACCCUUGCUUUUGGGAAGCAACUGUAACUAGGAAGAACUUUUAAUUGAACCCUAAAGAAGAAAGCUGAGUUUUCUUAUUGUAAUAUCUUACUGUAAAUUGAUUAUUUACCAAUUUUGUCAAUUAAAAAAAAAGUUACCC